UAAAUUUGAAUGGAAGCCAUGAAUAUGAAAGCCGUAUGAAGGAAAGAAAGAAAGCUAUCAAUGAGGGAGAAAGCAAUUAGUUUAUCAUGCGCUAAAAGUAGCAAAUAUGAUAGAAUGAAUAUUUAUGCUCAAUCCUACAUCUUUAAAAGCUACAUUCUCAAACUUGAAGGUUAUACAGAGAACAAAGCUCACCAUAGAAUUUUUGAUAAGGAUUUAAACUGAUACUUGAUGCUUUCCCAGAAGAAAGAUCAAGAAUUUAAUUUUGAGCUACGUUUAAAGAAGAAAUUCAGAAAAGCAAAAAUUGAGAAUCUUGGCCAAAAGAUCAUUUGUUUUAAGCCUGACCAAAUACUGAUUAAUUCAGGCUUUGAAAAUCACUACAGCUUAGUAAACAGGUUAUUUAAUCCAGUUAUAAGAAUGCUGCAGAACAAUUUGAAAGACAUUAGUAUUGAAAACAUCAGAUUUACAUCCAAGCAACUCUCUGUGUUAUUUUACAACUUUCCAAGAUGUGAGACAGUUUUCUUGUACAGUUGAAUUCUUGACACUUUCACUCUGAGAUAUAGGGAAAGAAAUAAAUAUAAUCUCAAGACUUUCACUCUUUGUGAUUGCUUGGAUAAGCAUACAGAUUAUAUUUGGCCAACCCAUGGUAUAUUCAGCUUGAUUUUAACAUGGAUAUCCUUCCCAAGAAUUUCUGAAAGGUUCAAAACAUUUACAUUUAGUGCAUACGAAUGGGAUGAACCUGAAAAUUUUAUGCUUAAUCUCAGAAAAGAGCACAAUCUCGAGCAUAUAUAACCUUCUGGUAUGAGACUGAUAAUGGGCAGUUUGAACUGCCUCCAGAAGAAAUUCAAUAGACUUUUUGGAAUUGGGAGUACUGAGUGGGGAGAAGAGGAGAUGGGAUUAAGGGAGAAGGUAAAACGGAGGAAUAGGAAGGGGAUAGGGACAAAGAGGGUGAUAAGAUUAAGCCUGUUUGAAAGAGUUUUGUAUUUUAAGCUGGUUUAUCUCAAAAUAUCGAUUACUUUUGAUCAAUUAUCCUUCAUUCCUCAACCCUCCAACAAUUCCCCAAUACAUUCACCUCCAAUCUCCAGCCCCUCCUUCCCUCUUCACCUUCUACCCACCCUCAGCCCAAUCCUCCAUUAAACCCUGCAUGCGCAAGCAUCAAUCUUGCAUAAAAACUACUAAUAAAUUAACAAACUUCUACACACAAA